CAUAGAUAUCAAAGUUACGCUGUUUUUAAUGUGUUAAUCGUGUCAUGAUUUAUGAUUUUAGUCUCUCGAGUCCGAUUUUUACGAUUGAAAUUUGAAUUGAAUCAGAAAGCAAUUCCAUUUUUAUUUGUUGCAUGUUAAAGGAUUAGUAUCUUUGAACAAUUUAUUGUAGGAUGCGGGGUGUGCUUAAAUACUCAUUCCGUGAGUUAGGAAUACGAGGGACUGUUAAUUAAGUCUUAAUUUUAUUGAGAAAUUCUAAUUAUUCAGGGUUCAUGAUGUGCAAUACUGUACAAAUUGCAUGUCAUGUCAUUUAUUUUCAUCGACUUCUUUUUCUCUCUCUCAUCGCAAUUACAGCACAAGUUGUACAAGAGUGUAAUUGACGAUGUGAUAAACAACGUUCGAGAGGCAUUUUUAGAUGAAGGAGUCGAGGAACCGGUUUUGCAAGACUUAAAACAGAUAUGGGAGAGCAAGCUCAUCCAGUCGAGAGCUAUAGACCUCGCCCAAAAACCACCUCAACAGGCUGCUGGGAAGUACAAAGGUCAAGAUACUUCAAGGUCAUAUCAAAAUGCCCAAUCUUCAUCUGACAGACAACAGAUGGAACAUCAAAGAACUCAACCACAAAUGGUUCUUCAGGGUGCCACUUCAUCACAAUCAUCUGUUUCUAACAACUUGAGUUCAUCUGCUGUGGCGGCUACUGCAGCACUCCAGCAGAACAUGCUCCAUUUGCAGUCACAACGACAGCAGAUCCAGAAUGUACCAUUUACCAUCCAACAGCAAGGAGCUGCUGGCGGUGCAACACAAACAUUCCCAGCAUACCAAAUCCAGACCCAGCAGCAACAAGGUGGCGUGGUUGGGUACCCACCCAUCAUCAUCCAACCAGGUGCUCAGUCCAAUGCCCAGCAAUCACGCAUCAUGACCACACCCCAGGGUGUGGUGCUACCCCAAGGGACAAUACGAGUGCAAUCCAGCGGAGAUCAGCCGUCAAUAGUGCAAGUAGAUGGUGCUAACGAUUCAUCAGAUGAUGAUGACGAUGAAUUUGAUGAUGACGACGAUGAUGACAAGGAUGACGACGACGAUGAUGAUGACAAAGAAAAUGAUGAUGCUGCUGGUGAAGAUGAGGAGGACCCUCUCAACUCGGCUGACGACGUUAGUGACGAGGAUCCAGCUGAUCUCUUUGAAUCAGAAAAUGUUGUAGUAUGUCAGUAUGAUAAGAUCAAUCGGAAUAGAAAUAAGUGGAAGUUUACUUUGAAACAUGGCAUCAUGAACCUGAAGGGGAAAGACUACGUUUUCAACAAAUCGACGGGGGAUGCAGACUGGUAGGAUCCCGACUGGUAGGAUCCACGAAUGGUGCCAUCAAGGUCAGCUAUUAGCCAAUCUUCUUGCAAAAGAAAAGUUUGUAGGAAUGGGGGUGCAUACCAACUCUUUUAUGUUCCAUAAAGGUGGUACAGGAAGGCUCUAGGUCUGGAUGUUUUCCAUGUCAACAUGCCACUGCAGGUCAUUGAUUCUAUGAGUUACUUGAAAAUUUUCCUACUCCCCCUGUCUGAGCAUCUCUUGUUCCUUGGUGCUGUUGAAAGAAUAUCCUGGCAUUUCCUACUGUGGUUUAAAAAAAAUAAAGAAUUGUGUCAUGUAUGUUCCCCAAGAGGCAAACAUACACAUUUCCUUGUCUUUGUUUGUCACACAUAUUUUUGACCCCCCCCCCCCCCCCCACUUACAUAAAAUAUCAUUGGUAUGGUGAAACGAUGUCAAAAUGAUAUUGUAACAUUUUAAUUCAUAAUGAUGGUGCUAUGAUGUUGUCAACCUCAUACCUCUAUGGUUACAAAUGGCGCAUCCAUGCUUAGAAAGACCAGCAAAAAUGACACAUUGGUCUCAGAAGCUUCAACAAUUACCAAGGGCAAGGAUUGGCUUAUAUAUAUUUUAUAAAUAUGUUCAUUUUAUUUUCUACUGAUUUAUUUUUAUGAUAAUAUUGGAAACAAAGUGCAUUAUUUAUAGGGUGAGAGAGCAGAAAUGGUAUAGAAAUGAACAGGGAAGUGGAAAAAGAAGCUAAUAUUAAAUAAUUUAAGUAAUAUUAUUGACAUGUCUCACAUUUGCCAUUGAUUUAUGUAAAUUGGACAUUGAUUCCUUCCAAAAUUGUAUAUUUUGGACUUCUUAGUCACAGCUAGUCACAAAUGGACCUAAAAUUGAGUUGUUCCAUUAUUAGUAGGUCUCUUGUCUUUCUAUAUUCUUUUCAGUGGCCCAGACAUAUUUCAGUGAAUAUUUUGCUACUAUAUUUAUUUUCUGUUUAACAGAAAAUUAGAGGACCUGACGGGUAGAAGUUUGAAGUUAACUUUUGAAAUGUGUAAUCACGAUACAUGUACAUGUGAGGACUGCGACAACCCACAAAAUGAUUGAAAUUUAUAAUCUGGAGGUAUUUACUUUUCAAAGGACCUAUGCUAUCCAUAAUUCAUUUUGUGCUGUUCCCCAUAAUAAUGACAUUUUGUCCAGCAUGACUACGUCACAAUCCAUUGACCAUAUUGCCAAUUUGUGAUUUGCAAAGAAUUAGUGAUCUCAUAUUUCAAAGACAAAUUUUGAACCUUUGCUAUUCUGUUUCUCUUAUAUUUCUGCUUUCAUGCAAACAAAGCAACUCAUUGAAACAGCUUUCAAAUUAAAGCCCUCAGCUCUCAAUUAACAAAAGAAAAGUAAUGCAGUCCCGCUUAAAUUUCCCUGGUAUAGGGAUGGUGUGCGUAAUAUGUUUUCAGGUUCCAGUAUUGUAAGUGAUGGCUUACUACAGUAUCCAUAGUGACUAUUUUGAAAGGGCAUUUAAUACAUAUUUUUGUGCUUGAUGCUUUUUUUGUGCCUGCAAAUCACUGCCAAAUGGGAACAACUCGAAAGUAUCUUUUUCAUUGACCAGUCAGAGAGGCUGUUCACACCGCAAUGAGAUAGCGCUGUCUUUUUUCUAGUGUGCGCUAGACCGCACUCUCUCUCGUGGACCACCCCCAAGAGGUGCUCCAGUGGCACGCCGUGGCUCGCUGUUGGGCGAACCGAAACGAUGUUGUUCCUCCCACACCGCUAUCUCUGCCGGUGUGAACAGCCUCGGAGACUACCAUUGUGGGUUAGUGUUCUGCCAGUAAUGUGAAUGCAGGGUCUGAAUUGUUGAGUUGUAGACUUCACAUGUACCUCGAUUUGUGGCAGGUCAUGUUAAAAAAUGUUAACCUGGGAGUCAUUUCACAAACAUCCCAUUGAUUCCAAUGGGUUGCCUUGGCUGACGAUAAUCAACACUUUAAAGGCAAAGUCCACUCCAAAAAUAACUUAAUUUCAAUAGAAGCAGAAAAAUCAGACAAACCAAUC